CUCGGUGGUUCCCAGAUGUCUGGGGCGCCCACUGACUCCCCCCUCCUACUUUCUUUAGAGUUUCUGGCCAACUGCUCGGCCCUGGGCUGCCAGCACCACUGCGUCCCGACGCUCGUGGGCCCCACCUGCUACUGCAACAGCUCCUUCCAGCUGGCCGAGGACCGGAAGAGCUGCAAAGACUUCGAUGAGUGCACCAUCUACGGGACCUGCAGCCAGAGGUGCAGCAACACGGAGGGCUCCUACACGUGCAGCUGCGUGGAGGGCUACCUCCUGCAGCCCGACAACCGGUCCUGCAAAGCCAAGAACGAGCCCGUGGACCGGCCGGCCGUGCUGCUCAUCGCCAACUCCCAGAACAUCCUGGCCACCUACCUGAGCGGGGGCCCGGUACCCAACAUCACCCCCACCAGCACCAAGCAGACCACGGCCAUGGACUUCAACUACAUCGAGGACACGGUGUGCUGGGUCCACGUGGGCGACAGCGCCUCCCAGACCAUCCUCAAGUGCGCCAAGAUCCCCAACCUGAAGGGCUUCGUGGAGGAGCGCUCCAUCAAUAUCUCCCUCAGCCUGCACCACGUGGAGCAAAUGGCCAUCGACUGGCUCACCGGCAACUUCUACUUCGUGGACGACAUCGACGACCGGAUCUUUGUCUGCAACCGGAAUGGGGACACCUGCGUCACGCUGCUCGACCUGGAGCUGUACAACCCCAAGGGCAUCGCGCUGGACCCAGCCAUGGGAAAAGUCUUCUUCACUGACUACGGGCAGAUCCCCAAGGUGGAGCGCUGCGACAUGGACGGGCAGAACCGCACCAAGCUGGUGGACAGCAAGAUCGUCUUCCCGCACGGCAUCACCUUGGACUUGGUCAGCCGGCUGGUUUACUGGGCCGACGCCUACCUGGACUACAUCGAGGUGGUGGACUACGAAGGCAAGAACCGGCAGACCAUCAUCCAGGGCAUCCUGAUCGAGCAUCUCUACGGGCUGACCGUCUUCGAGAACUACCUGUACGCCACCAACUCGGACAACGCCAACGCUCAGCAGAAAACCAGCGUCAUCCGGGUCAACCGCUUCAACAGCACCGAGUACCAGGUGGUCACCAGAGUGGACAAGGGCGGAGCCCUGCAUAUCUACCACCAGCGGCGGCAGCCCACGGUGCGGAGCCACGCCUGUGAGCAAGACCAGUUCGGCAAACCCGGCAGCUGCUCCGCCCCAGCCCUGCCGGUGCCGCUCUGGAUUCAGCCUGGGCAGCGACGGGAAGUCGUGCAAAA